CCCAGUAAGGUCCACACGAGUCAUGUGCCCAACUUCUGUCCUUCCAUAACACAGAGGGACAGGAGUCCAGACCCAAGUGGACUGGGUGGAUAUACUACAGAAGAGUGUGUGUGUGUGUCUGCCUGCACUGGUCACAUGCUGUAGUUGGUGAAGAAAGUCAUUCUGAGUGUGUGUAUCUAUCCAGGGACCCACGUCCUAGCCAGCUGUGGACCAUGAAGCUGCGUGUGGCGCUGUUUUUUGCAGGGCUCUUCGGAGCGCUGGGAGCUGUUUUUAUCCUGCUUUCAUUUGGAACAGACUAUUGGCUCCUGGCCUCGGAGUCUUGUAGCCCAAAACCAGAUGGAUCUGUUGGCCCGGGCGGUGUCAUAAUAGAGGACGGAGACGUGGUGGUGCAAGGCAACAUGAGUAAUACCAUUUAUUACCACGAGGGUUUCUUCUGGAGGUGCUCCUUCGGCGAAAACUCAGAUGAUGACGAUCUUCUGUGGAAACUCUGGUUCACUAAUCAGCCUGACGCAAAGGUGUGCGUACACUCCUACCUCUUCCCAUUCCCGGUGUCUCCCCAGACCCACAACGCCACCGAGUACGAAUCUGCUAUAAUCUACAGAGGCUUCUGGAGCAUCUUCAUGCUCAUCGGCAUGGUCGCCGUAGUUCUCGGCGGGUUCAUCAUUAUCUGCGCCGCUCCGUUUUCCAGCCACUGUUUGUAUAAAACAGGCGGCGUCCUCUUUGUUGCAGCUGGAUUCUUCGUGCUAUGCGUGGUGGUGAUGUACGUGCUGUGGCUGCAGGUUCUGGGCGUGGUGGAUCUCUACAUUGACCACCAGCGCUCUGUCCUCUGUCCCAACUUCCAGCUGUUGCUCCACUACGGUUUGUCCUUCAUGUUUGCUCCUGUUGGCAUCUUCUUCUGCCUCCUGGCCGGCCUUCUCUUCCUUCUCAUCGGCCGAGCCAUUCGGAAUCAUUACCACUGAUUCUUGGUGUUGGGAAAACGACUUUUAACCACCACUCCACUGGUACUUUCUAGAACUAAGGCAGCUCUAUGGUAUAAAUCCUCCAGCAUCAAUAUACAUUCGGCACGCUGGAGGUCAGAAAUGGCAGCGUAACCAGCUGGUCCAGAACGACCAUCAUUUGAGCUACAUUACAGGCAGGACUUCCUUAGGUCGGCCACUAGAAUAAAUUGUUAUUGUUGAUGAAGCCUUGAAGAUCAAACACAUGGAGAAGCUGUUAGCACCUGAUAAGUCUGCUUUAAUUCUGUAUCUUAAUAAUAAAAGGGUAUUUAAAGGGGUGUUUACACAAAAAUGGAUUUUAUCAGUCUUUUC